CGCUCAAGUAAAACGUGAUCACUGUGGCGAAGUUCCAAUAGUUUGCGAAAACAACCCCACUUUCUGCGCUUGUUGGUGUUGUUGAUUUUCCGGCAUUCGCCGUCAGCUGAUUGUCAAAGCUGCACAAUUUCCAAGAAGGUUUAGGGAAAAUAUGCCCUUUUAGAAGAACCCGCGAUGGCAUUCGUCAAAGAUCGCAACUGCUAGAUUUUUUGGUGUUCGGCGUCCAUAAAUAUUGACUAGCUAAGAUGGUGCGGGUGAUCUCAAUGCACCAUUUCGCCAGCCAGAAUGUGCAGACGGUUGAACAGCCCACGGCCUGCACAGUGGCACCGCCUGAUCGUCUCCUGCUCGCCCUCACCAACAACUGCAUCGAGGUGAGGAACCUGCAAAAUGACUCCGAAGUGCAAUUCUCCUUCCCCACUGUGGAUGAAGCGGUCCAGAUCGUUCAUUGCCUCAAUGGCGACUAUGUGGCGUCUUUGGAGUCCAAAUACAACCGGCAGAAUCGGGACACGAACUUUGUCCGCGUUUACAUCAACUGGGACAGCGUGGCCGCGAUGCAACAGUCCAAAAUGACGUCGGGCAAUGUGAGCUUGGGCGCUUCGGAGUGUGGAAUGGUGCAACCAAUGCGCGCAAGAAUUGCCGGCCGCGUCACCCCAACCACCAACCAGUCGGAGCUGGGAUCUUUGGAAAUGAUCGAAGUUCCAGUGCGAAGGAACCCCAAUUGCAUCGCCUGCUGCCAGGUGUCGGGGAACCUGGCCAUUCUUUCCAGCCGCCUGGUCAACAUCUACAAGUUCCAAGUGCGGACGCACGACAUUUCCAAGCUGAAGUUCAUCGACUUUGACGAGAUGCCCAUCAUGAUGGAGCUGAGUUUUGCGCCGUUUGAGAUCCAAAUGUGCGAGAACUACGUGGCUGCGAUCGGCAGCGACACCAUGCAUCUGUUCAGGGUGCUGAGCAGCGACAAAACCAUUGAGGGCGCAGCCAGCGUGGGGAUGAAACGCGGCAAUACCGAGCAGGACUUCAGUUUCCUGUACUCGCCCGAGAACCCGAUCGACUUCGCUCAGCUCAAAAAGGAUGAGAAGCAAAAGCGCCAGAAAGUCACGGUGAACCUGCCGAGCAUCGCGAAGGAGAACAGCCUGAUCCACAAGCACAGUCCGUUUACGUUCACGGACAAAGGCCUGCGGGCCGCAAUUAAGCCCAUUAACAGCUUGGAGGACAAAACCCAGUGCUACCAGCUGCAGGACUUGAUCCAGUUGAAGCUGCUGCCGAUCCUGAUCGAGAACAACCAGCGGCAGAUUUCCGAGGAGUUCAAGAGCAUGAUUUUGAAGCCGCUCUACAUCGACCAGCAGUUUAACCGAACGAGCGAAGAUCAUUCAGAGUUAAGGAGCCACUACUCGGAUUGCUUGAACAGCGUCGCCUGCAUGGUCGUCACUCAGCAGGAGGGCUAUUUGCACUUUUUCGCCGAUAAAGAUGUGUCUUUGGAUGAGGACAACUGCAUCGCCGUUUACCCGUUUACGGCGCCAGUCUUCAAGGUGAUCAUGGAGGAUUAUUUUCUGCACGCCCUCACUGAAACCGGCCUGGAAACCUACACGCUGCGAAUCGGCCAUCAGCUUUGCCGCAACAUCAACCACAUGGACAGCAUGCUAGUGGCGAUUCCUUCCAUUGAAGACUCCAUCUGCCUGGUGGGCCUCAGGCCGUUCUUGGGCGUUGAAAGGAUGCUCCUGGCAGACAACUAUCUGCUUUUGCUGGCAAACUCGGAAAGUUCCCCAGCGCGCUCAGUGAGCUCCAGUGGCAGCUCGACUGCCACCUUCCUCACCCUGUACGCCUUGGAGUUGCCCACCCCCAAAGCGGUUUUCAACGAUAUUAGCAUAGUGGCGAAUGUGCAUCGGUUUUCUUCGGCGCAGACUUACUGCCAUCUGGUCAGCGAAGCCCACAUGAUUCUUCGCAUGGGGCUGAUGCUGAAAAAGUGGGCGGUCGUGGACGAGGCCCAUGUGAAGGGGAUUUUCGAGCACAGGGCUGCCAACGACGAUCUGGUUGAUAUUUACUUGCUAUCUUGCGCCUUGCUGGGCGACCACUAUAUGAUGUGCCCGAAUGAAGCAAGCUACCGCUUGGCCAUUCCCUACUACAGGAUGGCACUGAUCAGCCCAAUGGAGGCGCUGAAGAGGGUGAAGAAGCUGCAAGAUCAGAGCAACAGCCAGGUUUCCAAAGGACUGAUGAACUACCUGAAACACACGCUGCUGGAGAUCAAGACCAGCUACGAGGCCGACCGGUAUUUUGGCAACGGGUCGAAAAACAGCUUCUCCGAAGCUAUGCUCGAUCUGCUGGAGCGACAGGGGUUCAGCGAUCUGCCCAAUCUGAUACUCAAAAGCCGCAUCCUGCGCGAGUACUCGACCGACAAGCUGAUCAACAUUCUACUGGAGCGCUGUUCAGAUGCGACCAACCUGUCUGAGAAAAACCUGGCUUUGUCCAUUCUCUACCUGCAAAAGGGCAACGCAGCUAAAGCCGAAGACUAUCUGCAGAACAUCACCAAAGACAACGCGGUGGACCUGCUGCAGGAGAACUGGGAAUUACUUUUCGAGACCACUUUCAUUGCGCACGGCUUGCAGCAGCGGCCUCAGAAGGGCACCAUGAGCUUUUCCGAUCUGAGCGUGGCGCUGAUCUCCAUCUGCCCGGAGAUUCUGGCGGACAUUUUCGUCACCCUCAUCCUGGAUAUGAAGGUGAUUGGGCUGGCCCGCAUGAUCAAGGUGUUUCUGGAGUAUUUGCCCUCGAGCAUCGGCAAGGACAGCACGUGCGCCAGCACCGUGCUGCAGAAGACCCUGGAAGCUUUCUUCACGCGCUACUUUUCCAAGCCGGAGAACGUGGACGUGGCCAAAGUUAUCUACGAAAAAGGCGCGACCGACGCCAUGAAGCUCCUAGUGCGCUCCUAUUUGUCGCAACUGCAGAUGCUGCAGCUGAAAGCGGACGCUGAAGACGCCAAAGAGGAUCCAAACGGCUGCAGUGCUGAUGUCGACGACUCGCAGCCGUCUAGUCUGGAUGAGAUCGAAAAGGACAAGGAUCAGGAAAAGCUGCAAUACAACCGCAUCUACAAGACGUACUUCAACGAGAAUAUGAAAAGGCGCAAAGCGAGCUAUUUGUUUUCGCAGGUGCGGCAUGAGUAUUUGGACAAAAUGCCGCCGUUUCAGAUCGACAUUACAGCCAAGGUGUACGAGGUGUGCGUCGAGGGGUACGUGGCGAAGGAAGCGCCGCCAAAGAACCCGGCGGCGGAUGCCGUCUUGAAGAAGCUGCAAGCUUUGCUAUGCAGCAAAGUGGUUCCGAACCAAGUGAUAGUCGAGGUGAAUGGCUUUCUGGCAGUGAACGACACCCUGAGGGGGAGCGACAGCUUGAAGACCAUCACAAUGGGGACAAACGAUGCAGUGCUGCUCCUGAUCGACGUCUGUCCGCAGUGCUUGCUGCAGUUCGCCAAGGACCGAUUCGCCAAAGCCGAAGAGUGGAAGUUCCUGGUGGCCACCAUCCAGCGGCGAAUCUUGCGACUGUCCCAACAAGAGAACCUGAAAAGGGUCUGUUUCUUCCACAAGAAAAUGCUCAGAGAUGUGCUCACCUUUGCAGCGUCCAGCUACACAGUGGACCAAUUGCAGCUGAUCUUCCCGCAGCGCUUCAGCCAGUCAAAAUCGGGCGAAUUCGGCUUGAACGGCGACAAACCAUGCCGAUUGGACGCGAUCUUUCUGCCUGAAGACCCGGCGAACGAAGACGCGGAUAUUCUGAGCGAAAUCCAGGAUUACGAGCCGUACAUUGCCAUGUGCAAAGGCAAUCAGAGGGCCAACGACAUCAACAAAAUGCUCACCAACAAGGCCUAUCAACUGUUGAACACGCUGAACUUGUAGAAUGUGGUAGUUGAAUUGACUUUGCCUGGGUUUGUUGCAAUCUUUCACACCUCUUCCAACACCGUCAAUGUUUAGGGCAAUUUUUGCGAAUCUCUGCGCUUGUUUGAACCAAUCGUUUUGUACUUUUUUACCUUCACGCCCAUGUGAUAGAGGGGUUGCUUGUCGGUCUUUCCCUGCGCGUCUAGUCUUUGAAUCGUUCACUAGAAAAUAAUGUUAGAUUUAUUCAUCAAUGUUGUAGUUUAAGAAUUAUUUGCGAUGAUGUUAACGAAGGCCGGUUAGAGCCGAAUAAACUGUCUACCUACAGGGA